UUUUUUUUUUAAAGUUUAAGCCAUAAACCAACAACAAUGAGUACUGCUGGUCAGGUCAUUCGCUGCAAAGCUGCGGUUGCAUGGGAAGCUGGAAAGCCGUUGGUAAUUGAGGAAGUGGAUGUGGCACCUCCACAGAAACAUGAAGUUCGCCUCAAGAUUCUCUUCACCUCAUUGUGCCACACUGAUGUUUACUUCUGGGAAGCUAAGGGCCAAACACCUCUGUUUCCUCGAAUUUUCGGACAUGAAGCUGGAGGAAUUGUGGAGAGUGUAGGUGAAGGUGUUACAGAUCUCCAACCAGGAGAUCAUGUUCUUCCUGUGUUCACCGGAGAAUGCCAGCAAUGCCGUCACUGUAAAUCAUCAGAAAGCAACAUGUGUGAACUCCUACGAAUAAAUACAGACAGAGGAGUUAUGAUUAGUGAUGGUCAAACAAGAUUUUCCAAGGAUGGGAAGCCGAUAUACCAUUUUGUUGGAACUUCCACUUUUAGUGAAUACACCGUUGCUCAUUCUGGUUGCGUCACCAAGAUCGAUCCACAGGCACCACUUGACAAAGUUUGCGUCCUGAGUUGCGGAAUCUCAACAGGACUUGGUGCAACUCUGAAUGUUGCCAAACCUACUAGAGGUUCUACUGUGGCUAUUUUUGGUUUGGGAGCUGUUGGCCUUGCUGCUGCUGAAGGAGCUAGGCUAGCUGGGGCUUCUAGGAUCAUUGGCAUUGAUUUGAAUCCCAGCAGAUUCAAUGAUGCCAAGAAAUUCGGUGUCACAGAGUUUGUGAAUCCAAAAGAUCAUGAUAAGCCUGUCCAGGAGGUAAUCGCUGAGAUGACCGAUGGAGGUGCUGACCGGAGUGUAGAGUGUACUGGAAAUGUCAAUGCUAUGAUCUCCGCUUUUGAAUGUGUUCAUGAUGGUUGGGGUGUGGCUGUGCUUGUUGGCGUGCCAAACAAAGACGAUGCAUUCAAAACUCAUCCCAUGAAUCUGUUGAAUGAGAGGACACUCAAGGGCACCUUCUUUGGCAACUACAAACCCAAAACUGACCUUCCAUCUGUGGUGGCCAAGUACAUGAAUAAGGAACUAGAGCUGGAGAAGUUCAUCACCCAUCAAGUACCAUUUUCAGAGAUAAACAAAGCAUUUGACAUUAUGCUGAAAGGGGAAGGCCUGCGUUGUAUGAUCACUAUGGGACAUUGAAAUAUGCUAAAUAGGGAAGAAUAGGACAAUAAAUUAUCCCCUAUUACCUAGUAAAAAUUAUGUUAAGUAGAGUUUGAAGGCAACGUAUAUGUGUUCUAAAAGGCCCGAGUUUGCUUAACAUAUUGUGUAAUAAACUACUGAUAUUUG